UACGAGGUACAACUCUGUCUAUAAGAAUUGAUAGAACUGCGUUCUGGCAACUUUUGCAAACUUUCCUCCCUACCAUCACUAUCGCCGUCCUGACUAUCAUCAUAAGUGUAGCAUGCAACAUAGAGUAAACUUGGUUUGCUAAGAACAUACUUGUAAGUGCCCACCCACAACAGAGAGGGAACAGCAUCCGAGCAUCGUCGCUAACAUAUCGUAUCGUAUUGAUAGUACUCAAUCCAAACGCAGCAUUCGUUAAUCAAGCACUCCCCCGAGCGAAGAUGCUCCUCCCCACCACCCCAACCCUCUUACUCCUCGCCCUACUCUCCGCCCCCCUCCCCCUCCCCGUCUCCGCCGAACAAUGGUUCCAGUUCUGCGACGACACCGCGUGCUCUCAAAACUGCGGGAUCUCCGUCAGCGGCAGCAACGCCGGAUGCCUGGAGCACCAGGCGGGGCGCAAGUCGAUCAAGACGCACGGGUCGAGCUUCGCGGGCACGUACCUCGUGCACUCGCCCGGCGACGCGUGCGACUGCCAGCAGGACUGCACUGCGAUCUCGGGGAUCGGGGCGCCGAGCUGCAUCGAUAUCUCGGGGAAGAAGGGGGAGUCGCGGUCGUAUAGGUUUCAGCUGACGACGUGCAAGGAGCUGGAGGGGGGCCCGGGGACGGGGGAUAAUUGUAAGCCGGAUGGGGAUGAUGCGGUUGCGGAUGCCGCAGCUGAGAAGCCUAAGUCUACAAAACGUAGCAAAAUGCGCGCGUAAGGAGCUGGUGGGAGUUGGGCAAGGGCUGCUGAUGAAAUGUGCACCAACAAGGUCAUCGUAUUUAGUUUAUAAGGCUGCUUGAUGGGGUGGAUUUCGGAAACACAUAUGUACAUGAGUUGCUAGAUGCAGCAACUAAUCCUGAGUCCAUGAAUUAAUCUUGCACCUCGAUCGACGGGCAUGGCUGCCGAGGUGGUGAUAAUUCUUCUACCACCGUGCCUGUCUAUUUGCGUGAUAUGCCAUGUAGG